AUGGCAACCGGUCAGGUGACCAAGGUAGCAACCGUCGAGGCUGACGGCGUAGAAGUAUUUUACCGGUCUGCUGGGCCGGUUGACGCGCCCACGGUAGUACUUUUGCACGGUUUCCCUUCCUCGUCACACAUGUUUCGCAAUCUCAUCCCGCUCCUCGCGACCCGCUACCGCGUCGUGGCCCCCGAUCUCCCUGGAUUCGGCUUCACCAAGGUCCCGGCCGAGCGCGACUAUAGGUUCACCUUCGCAAGCCUCGCGCGGACCUUCGCGUCCUUUGUGGACGUCAUCUCCUUGGACCGGUUCGCAAUCUACGUCUUCGACUACGGCGCCCCAACCGGUUUCCGUUUCGCCCUGGACAGGCCCGACGCCAUAGCGGCCAUCGUCUCCCAGAAUGGCAACGCCUACGCCGAGGGCCUAGGCCAGCCUUUCUGGUCUCAGCUUCAAAAGCUCUGGGCCAGCGGUGCCGAGGCGGACCGCGAAGCUCUCCGUCCGCAGCUCGAGCUCACCGCGACCCAGUGGCAGUACCUGAACGGGUCUCCGCACCCGGAGGCUAUCCAACCCGAGGCUAUCUACCUCGACCAGAUGCUGCUGGAUUGUCCCGGAAUCAAGGAGAUCCAGCUUGACUUGUUCCAGGAUUAUGGCUCAAACGUGAAGCUAUAUCCUCAGUUCCAGGAGUACCUGCGCUCAUCGGGGGUACCAGUCCUGACGGCGUGGGGGGGAAAGGACGAGAUUUUUGUUGCUGCUGGCGCCGAGGCUUAUGGAAGAGACGUCCAGAAGCUUGAGACGCACUGGCUAGAUGCCGGUCAUUUUGCCCUCGAAACCAACGAGCAGCAGGUGGCGGAUUGGAUGAUUGCAUUCUUUGACAGAUUCGACGUGUUUCGGGCCUAA